UGUUUGAAAAAUGUCGCACGUCGUACAAGCUGUCGCGCGGUUUUGAUUUUACCGUUUCGAUAUCGAUUGGUCGAAAGGACGACAAACGUACGACAAACACUCGACAUGCCCGACAUUGUUUUUUCCAUCGAUUUUCCUUCAAUUCGACGUCACGAUUUUCGUCGACGCAAACAGUUUGACAGUUCUCUUCAGCUGGUCUUGUUUGGACUUGAUUGCAACCGAAUCGAACUAGUUAUUGUUGAUGUUGGGCUUCGGAAGGAUUUUGACCGGUUGAUAGGUAAGUUGUGCUUUUUUUCUGUCGGAAAGUUCCGGCCGGAGUGGGCAAGUGGCCAAAUUAUAGCUUCUUAUGUUCCAGAUAUUCAGAAUUCGGUCUUCGUGGCGGUGGAGGAGGAGGACGAGACGCAUGUAUCCGGCGGGCCAGGUCUUCGUGGCGGAAGACGGGACCGGAAGGAACCGAGCUUAUGGAGGAUAUGGUUCAUUCCAAAGGAGGAGGAGGAUGAAACACCGAGCGUCAAAAGUUCUACCCAAGGUAACCAAAAAUGUUCCAAUCUGAUCCUGCUAACAAACCAGCGUCUUUGUGUUGUCCCACGUAGUUUGUUGAACGGAAGCUGUAACGACCGCAAAAACAUCUGCUCCGGAAGUGCGUAAACCGACGUUGUCCCGUACUCCGGUGGCCAUCAAUCCAUGGGACAUAAACGGUGGCGCCGCACCCCGCCGUAUCUGCGGCUAGUCGGAGAGCAAUAGUCAAUCUUGAUCAAGAUGCUGCCUCGCACGCUGGCGUCGGCUCGAAAAGAUGGCUGGCAAAUUCCGGACCCGGAAGACAACGCCAAAAACUUCCGGCCAAGAUGCCGAGCGAUGAGCUGAAAGACCAACUGGAAGACAACGCCAAAAACUACGUGGAGAUCGCGACACACAAGUAAAAUUAAUGAAUGUAUUUUAAAUCGAGUGAAAAAGUGAAAUUUACAAUAAAAAUACAUCUAAAAAA